UCAGCAGCGGCUGAGGAAGCAACAGAACCAGCAGAACUAACAGCCGGGCCAGCGAGGACAGAAAACAGGACCUGACUGGACUUGCUCCUGCGCCCUUUCCCACGCCACGACAAACUCCACUGCAGCUGCUGAUGUGACUAAUGCUCAGGCUGGAAAGCCAUCGUAACGCUCGUCUAUCGAGGCUGUGUUCAUUUUGGUAAAAGGCACGCACCAUUAAACUGAGGUAGGAUGAGGAAAGCUAACCGGGCAGCCACGGGCUACCCAAUAACAGACGAUCAACAAAAUACGGACACGCUUUAAAGGCCUAAAGUCAGUCACGGUACAAAAUCAAUGGGACUGUGAAAGAAAGAUUCAGGAAUCGAAGAAUAAAGAGCUAAGACACGUAGACACAGAGAGAGACACAGUAGACAACAGCUUCUGAUCCCACUGAAGUUCCAAAGUGGGCGUCAUAAGAAGCAGCUUCAUUUAGAUUCAUGUGUUACCAAACCCCCCACGCUUCUGGAACCCGAACCCACCGUGGUGACUUAUAAGCCUUUCUCAGAGCUGUAGUUCACACUCUCCUCUGAGCCUCUCACUAUUGAAGAAGUGUCUGCUUAUUUUCCCUCCUCUCUCUUUUUUUCUUCUUUUUUUGAAAACUGAUAAUUUUGGUUAAGUAAUGGGCAACUUAAAAAUUAGAGACUAUGACAGCAUUACAUCUUUUCUUGGAUCUUGGGGACCCUUUCAGCUGAAGAUAUUUUUAGCCUUGGCCGUCAGCAUUCUCCCGAAUGGUUUUGUUGGCACCUACGUAGUAUUUGUAAGUGAUACGCCAUCUCACGAGUGCUACAUCCCCGAAAAUUACAGCAUCAGUGAAAUGUGGAGAAAUGUGACAAUUCCAAUGGAGACAGUCGAUGGCACUAAGAAGCGCAGCUCUUGCUCGAGGCUUAACCUGGAAAUUGUAAGAAACUACUCCCAGAAUGAUUUCAUACCAAACGUGGAUGUCAAUGUGAGUGAAAUUCCCUUGGAGAGUUGUCUGGAUGGCUGGACGUACAGCAAGAAAAUCUACCAGUCAACUACCGUCACAGAGUGGGACUUGGUGUGUGAGAACGGAUACAAAUCUCCACUGGCCACCUCCAUCCAUUACAUCGGUGUGCUAGUGGGAACCUUUCUCUCAGGCCAGAUGUCUGACAGAUAUGGGAGGAGGCCGUCACUGUUUCUCAUGAUGGUUCUGCAGACCGUGGCGAUCGCAGCGCAGAUAUUCUCCCCGAGCUGGGAGGUCUUCAGCUUCAUUUUCUUUUUCGUGGGUGCGGGUGGAUACUCCAACUGUAUCAUUGCAUUUGUGCUGGGUACAGAAAUUCUAAGCCCAAAAGCUCGAGUGGUCUUCUGCUCUCUUGGGGUUUUUAUGGGUUCUGCUUUGGGGUACAUGGCAACGCCACUUGCAGCUUACUUCCUCCGGGACUGGCGGUUGCUGCUGAUUCCCAUGGCUGCCUCUAGUCUGAUCUACGUUCCUCUAUGGUGGUUAGUCCCAGAGUCUCCUCGCUGGCUGUUUAAUCAGGGAAGAGUGGAGGAGGCUGAAGCCAUACUGAGAGAAGCUGCCAAGGCUAAUAAAGUAGAGGUUCCAAAGGCCAUUUUUACACAAGAAGAGAUUGAAGAUGCACUCACUAUGAAAGACAAGAAAUACAACAUCUUAGUGAUCCUGAGCAGCUGCAAUGUCCUUUCUGUUACAUUGCUGUGUUCACUUCUGUGGAUCAUCAUCACCAUUAGUUACUAUGCAUUACUUCUCAACACAUCAAACCUGCAUGGGGACCCUUACCUAAACUGCUUCCUGUCUGCUGUGGCAGAAGUGCCAGCUUACAUUAUGGCUUUAAUACUGCUGCAGUACUGCUCCAGGCGCUUCUGCCAGUCAUCCACACUCUUCCUUGGCGGCGUUAUGAUCUUCUGUGUUCACCUCAUCCCAAUAGAUCUACCUGCUGUGUCUGUGUUUCUGGAGAUGUUGGGGAAAUUCGGCAUGACGUCUUCAUUUUGUAUUGUGUAUGCCGUUUCAUCAGAGCUCUUCCCCACUGUUAUCAGAAAUACAGCAAUGGGAUGUUGCUCCAUGGCUGCUCGGAUUGGGACCAUCAUCUCCCCCUUCAUCGUCUAUCUGAGACAAUACUAUCAGGCACUUCCAUACAUAUUGAUGGGGAGUUUGGCCAUUUCUGGUGCCUUCUUAUGUUUGCUGCUGCCAGAAACUUUUAGGAAGCCUCUGCCAGAGACCCUGCCACAAAUGCAGCAGAUCUGUGGGAGAAGAAGAAAGCAAGAAAAGGAAGCUGAAAAAGGAGAGAGCACUGAUGAAUAUCAGUGUAAAGAAUCCAAAUUAUAGUUGGUUAUGAUUUUUGUUUUGUUUUGCAUAGAUUUUUUUUUCCUUGUUCUUUGUUAGUGUCAAAGGUUCUGUCAUGGAUGACAGUGGUGGACAAAGACUGUAACUAGACAACAUCUGUUCAAAUGUCCCAAUUUACAACUGCCUUUGUAUCCUACUUUACUUACUGUAAACACAUUGCUUGCAAAGUGAUCAUUAAAAAUGUUUCAAAUGAA